GCCUCCGAGCGAGCAACGUCGCCUGUAAUGCAAUAGUGUGUCUAGUGUGUGCCACUUAUCGACAUGGAGGGAGCCACCCCUCCUAGCCACGGACUACCCGAGCCUGACGAGGGCAUCACCUCCGACCGCCGCCCAUCCACCGACGACCAUGCCGACCUCUCCGAUAGUGCCUCGGACACCGGCUCUGGUGGAGGAAAGGAUUCCGGCUGCGAAGUGGCCGCCGAGCCACAGGAACCUCCCUACUCUCCGCCUGACGACGAAUUAGCGCACAGGAUCGUGUCACAAGUCGAGUUCUACUUCUCAGAUGCAAACAUUACGAAGGAUGCCUUCUUACUGAAACAUGUUCGGAGAAACAAGGAAGGGUACGUCUCCCUGAAGCUUAUAUCCAGUUUCAAACGUGUGAAGCACUUGACGAAGGACUGGAGGGUGGUCGCCGAGGCACUCAAGCGGUCUACAAAAUUAGAAAUCAAUGAAUUAGGAACAAAAUUACGCAGAAUCGACCCGCUCCCAGCGUACGAUGAGACGACUCCGUCCAGGACUGUGGUGGCUGUCAGGAUGCCAAUAGAGCGUCCCUCAGUAGAGAAUGUGUCGCGACUGUUCGCAGGGUGUGGCGAGAUCGCGUUAGUUAGGGUGCUGCGGCCUGGCAACCCCGUGCCAGCCGACGUGCGCCAGUUCCUCAACAAAAACCCCAGUUUGGUUAAUUGUGUGUGUGCCUUAGUUGAGUUUACUGAAUCUGAAUCUGCGAGGGAAGCGUUACGUUUACAAACCCCUGACGAUGAUGGGAUGCGAGUGUAUGAGUUGAACGGUGUUCCUAGGGAGCCUAAGAGGAAGACUCCUAUUCGACGGGCGCCACCGCGGCGUCACGAGUGCGAGUACUCGUCGUGCUGCAGCGGCUCCGAGGCGGAGUACGACUACAGAUACGGGACCCCAUUCUACAGGAGGAACUCGAGUGGGUUCUUCACGCCGCGGGCGGCUGAGAUCCAGACGUGGGUGCCGCGGCGGCCGUCCACGUGCAGCCACAGCUCGGACUCGGGCGUGUCUUUCUACUGCAGCUCGCGGCGCACGUCGCAGGCCAGCACGGGCAGCGCCAGCAGCGCGGAGGGCUGGCUGUCGCGGCGGCUGUCGGGCUGCUCGGUGUCGGGCACGGAGUGCGGCGGCCGCCGGCUGUCGUGCGCGCCGCGGUUCGAGCCCCGGGCGCCGCUAGUGCCGGACGGCACGCGCGGCUUCCAUGCCGCCGCCCGCCAGCGCCGCAUCUCGGACCUCGCGCUCUACUCGCGCUAGAAAGCGCCCGCCAACCGUGACACCUUUCUAAUCACGUUGGAUAACCGCCUUUCACGUUCUGGCCGCUGGUUUUUUAAUCUAUUUCGCACGAGGAAGCGUCGCGUGUGUUCCGCGAACGUUUCCCUUGCAGAACAAACUGAGUUACCUUCUCAAACAAUGUGAUCAUGCUCAUUUAGUUGUAAGCCACGGAACGCUGUGUCUAGUUUCGUAAAUCACUUUACAUGUAAUUUAUUAGGACAUUGUAUUUAUGAAUCGCGUAAUUUAUUGCGUAUGCGCGCGCGUCGCGGUCGAGUUUUCAUUUCGAGUUAUGUCAGAGUUGUGGGCACAAAAUGAUCACGCAAAAUCGACAUUCAGGCGAUUGUAGACUCUGAGAGGAACAUGUUAAGACCAGACAGAUGUUUAUUGGGCCGGUGUUGCACUGCAGCGAGGCGAGCUAAUGCUAGUAGUGCCGGCCGCUCGGCGAGGUGAAUAACACGGACAUUCCCCUGUACAUCGGUGCAAACCUCGAUCUGUCAGCUGAGCGGUGUGUCGCGUCGCGUCGCAGGCAGUGCAACCUCGUCUCACUCGGAGUAACAGAGCGCGUACACUCGUAGAAUGUAUUACAUAAUGUAAUUGCACACAUUCUAAACUGCGAACUAUUUCCUGUAAAAGUAACAGCCUCUCUUACUCCGAGUAACAAAAGAUCCGCGACGCGCUAUGGCUAACCUUUUUUCAUUUUUUUUACAAUUAAGUCAUAUUUUAACUUAAGUCAGUCGCCAUUUGAUGUUAACUGUCGUUUUAUAAUUAAGUCUCGUCGCUGUAAGUACACUGUGAUGAUUAUGUAGUAUCGGGUUGCGCAACCUUCUACUUUCUUGUGCGUUCUUUUUUUAAUUUAUUUUUUUUACUGAGCAGAGGAACGUUACAUGCUUGUGACGGCACAACUAUUUCGCUUUUUAUUUUAAGUGACGUUGUGACUUUUUGAUUGAACCUGCGUGCUGAAUCUGAGACAAGAGAAUAGUUUUAAAAAUAGAUUAUUUUACGUAUAAAUAGAUUUGGUGCGUUGUAAAAUUAAUUUCAAAGUCACACAACCUCUGUAUAUUGUAAUUAAA